AUGCCGCACCACGGCAGCCACCGCCCGCCGGCGCCGGCGCCGGGUGGCCUCGUGUUCCCGCGCGCCACGUCCACCGUGGUGCCCGACCCGUCCCGCUUCUUCGCGCCGCCGCUCCUCGCCGCGCCGCUCCCCACCAACUCCUUCUUCCAGAACUUCGUGCUCAAGAACGGGGACCAGCCGGAGUACAUCCACCCCUACUCCGUCCGCUCCCCCGGCGGCGCCGCGCUCGACGUCUGCUACCCGUCGCGGAACCACUCGCCGUCCUUCGUCAUCCAGACGUUCGUCGCCGACCUCACCAUCUCCGACGCCGCCGGGAGCGCGGCGCAGCGCCACUGCGUCUCGGCCUUCGACGACCUCUCCGUCACGCUCGACGUCUCCCCGUCCCUCCGCGCGCACCUCGUCCGCGGAUGCCCCUACGUCACCGUCACCACCACGGCGGGGCCCGUCGACGUCUCCGUCGCGUCCGUCCACGCCUUCCUCGACGUCGCCUCCUGCGACGACUCGGGAACCAAGUGGCGCCUCCGGAUGAACAGCGGCCAGACCUUCCUCCUCUACGCGUCGGCCCCGAUCCGCCUCGCGCAGGCCACCACCACGCAGCUCUCGGCGCCCACCUUCGCCGGCGCCAUCCGGGUCGCCUACCUCCCCGACGCGUCCAUGGAGCCCAUCCUCGACCGCUACAGCCGCUGCUUCCCGACCGCCGGCCACGCCGCGCUCAACCGCCCCUUCUGCGUCGACUACGCCUGGCGCAAGGACGGGCCCGGGGAGCUGCUCAUGCUCGCGCACCCGCUCCACCUCCGCCUGCUCGCCGACGACUGCUGCGCCGUGCGGGUGCUCGACGACUUCCGCUACCGGAGCAUCGACGGCGAUAUGGUCGGCGUCGUCGGCGACGCCUGGGUCCUGCGCACCGACCCGGUGUCCCCGACAUGGCACUCCACCCGCGGCGUCAGCGAGGACGGCGUCGCCGAGGUCGUGGCCGCGCUGCGCGCCGACGUGGCCGGCCUCGCAUCCACCGCGAUCACCACCACCUCGUCCUACUUCUACGGGAAGGCAAUCGCGCGCGCGGCGCGGCUGGCGCUGAUCGCCGAGGAGGUCGGGUGCCCCGACGUGAUCCCGGCGGUGCAGCAGUACCUCAAGGCCGCCGUCACGCCGUGGCUGGACGGCAGCUUCCAGGGGAACGGCUUCUUCUACGACGCCAAAUGGGGCGGGCUGGUGACGCUGCAGGGGCUCAAGGACUCCGGCGCCGACUUCGGCUUCGGCAUCUACAACGACCACCACUACCACCUGGGCUACUUCCUCUACGCCAUCGCGGUGCUGGCCAAGAUCGACCCGUGCUGGGGCCGCAAGUACAUGCCGCAGGCCUACUCCAUGGUGGCCGACUUCAUGACGCUGUCGCGCAACAAGGCCGGCGCCAGCUUCACCCGGCUGCGGAUGUUCGACCUCUGGAAGCUGCACUCGUGGGCGGGGGGCCUCACGGAGUUCGCCGACGGGCGCAACCAGGAGAGCACCAGCGAGGCCGUGAACGCCUACUACUCGGCGGCGCUGGUGGGGCUCAGCUACGGGGACGCGCACCUCGUCUCCGUGGGCGCCACGCUGACGGCGCUGGAGAUGCUGGCGGCGCAGACGUGGUGGCACGUCCGGGAAGGGGAGGGCAUCUACGAGGACGACUUCAGCGGGAACAACCGCGUCGUCGGGGUGCUGUGGGCCAACAAGCGCGACAGCGGGCUGUGGUUCGCGCCGCCCGAGUGGAAGGAGUGCCGCCUCGGGAUCCAGCUGCUGCCCGUGCUGCCCAUCAGCGAGGCGCUGUUCCCGGACGUGGCGUUCGUCAAGGACCUGGUGGCGUGGACGCUCCCGGCGCUGGCGAGGGACGGCGUCGGCGAAGGCUGGAAGGGCUUCGUGUACGCGCUGGAGGGGAUCUACGACAAGGAGGCGGCGCUGACCAAGACCCGCGCGCUCAAUGGCCAUGAUGAUGGCAACUCGCUGACCAACCUGCUGUGGUGGCUCCACAGCCGCGGCAGCGUCGUCGGGGACGGGGACGCCGGGUUCAGCCGCUGCUGCUGGUACCGCCAGUACUGCCAGUGA